AUGAACGAGGAGUCUCCAGUGAGGAGCGCGUCCCUGAAGAAGGCUGAGGAGGAGAAACUCCCCGAAGCAGAUAAAGUGAAGGAGAGGGAGGAUGUCGAGGCUCCUCGAGCCAGGCACUCUAGGCGAUACUUUCAGUCAGCCAGCAAGCCUGAGUUGGACCCAGCUGCGUCGCAGAGUGCAGAGUCCGCUCUUGUUGCACGCCUGGUGGGCCGCGGCUUGGCUGAAGCGGAGCAGAAGACCCGAGUGAGUCAGGAUGGAGGAGUGUCUCGGCCUUCUUCUGGGCAAGCGCCCGGACAGUCCAUGGAUCCCGAGGGGCCGAGACACGAGGCCCGAGCGUCAAAGACGAAAGAGGCAGACCCAACAGCUGUGGAUGAGGAAUCUGCAGCCCUUCGCCGCCAGUCCGUCCAGUCAGACUCCAGACGUGAGGCUCGUGAGGCUCAGGCGCCAGAGCCGAAAGAUCCAACAGCUGCGGAUGAGGAAUCUGCGCCCCUCCGCCGGUCGUCCGUCCGGUCAGACUCGAGACGUGAGGUUCAGGCGCCAAAGCCGGAAGAUCCAACAGCCGCGGAUGAGGAAUCUGCGCCCCUCCGCCGGUCGUCCGUCCGGUCAGACUCGAGACGUGAGGUUCAGGCGGAAGAUCCAACAGCUGCGGAUGAGGAAUCUGCGCCCCUCCGCCGGUCGUCCGUCCGGUCAGACUCGAGACGUGAGGUUCAGGCGCCAAAGCCGGAAGAUCCAACAGCCGCAGAUGAGGAAUCUGCGCCCCUCCGCCGGUCGUCCGUCCAGUCAGGCUCGAGACGUGAGGUCCAGGCGCCUGAGCCGAAACAGGCACCGGAAGACCCAACAGCUGUGGAUGAGGAAUCUGCAGCCCUUCGCCGCCAGUCCGUCCAGUCAGACUCCAGACGUGAGGCUCAGGCGCCAAAGCCGAAAGAUCCAACAGCUGCGGAUGAGGAAUCUGCGCCCCUCCGCCGGUCGUCCGUCCGGUCAGACUCGAGACGUGAGGUUCAGGCGCCAAAGCCGGAAGAUCCAACAGCCGCGGAUGAGGAAUCUGCGCCCCUCCGCCGGUCGUCCGUCCGGUCAGACUCGAGACGUGAGGUUCAGGCGGAAGAUCCAACAGCUGCGGAUGAGGAAUCUGCGCCCCUCCGCCGGUCGUCCGUCCAGUCAGACUCCCAGGAGAAAAGGCCUUUCACUUCACCCACUAACUUCUACUUCAUGUGCUUUGCUCAUAGCCUGGGUUACUGGGCAACCUAG